AUGUGCUGCACAAGCAGGCAGAUGUCCACUCCGACAUGGCGGGGCAAGGCAAGCGGCGCCAAAAGAAACGUCGUUAGGCCCUUGGAGGUGGCUGCGAUGCAGACGCCCGCAAAGUUGACUGAGCACAAGCAUCGAUCCGAUAGUCACGUCGUAUCGCGUCCGUUUGCGGCCAUCAUCACCGCAGCCUCAAAGAUAGCUCGCGUGGACUUUGUGCAGGUGCUCCAAGGGUCUGCUGACAUCAUUGCCCAUUGCAAUGGUGUCGAGAGCCAAUUUAGAGCUUUCAGCUCCCCAUGUGUUCGGACGGACAGCUUCUCGAGCUCCAGCCGGCUUGGAAGGACGUGA